GGAUUGUCCCCUUCUGUAGCCAAGAUGUGGCUGUCCGUGUCCGUCCUCUGUGUCCUGGUGGCCUUCGCCAGUGCUCGCAGCGUCCCUUACUACGCUCCCCUCUCCAGCGACCUGGUCAACCACAUCAACAAGCUCAACACCACCUGGAAGGCAGGGCACAACUUCUACAAUGCUGACAUGAGUUAUGUGAAGAAGCUCUGCGGCACCUUCCUGGGUGGGCCCAAGCUCCCCGAGAGGGUGGACUUUGCUGCAGACAUGGAGCUGCCCGAUAACUUUGACUCACGGACGCAGUGGCCGAACUGUCCCACCAUCAGUGAGAUAAGAGACCAGGGCUCCUGUGGCUCUUGCUGGGCUUUCGGUGCCGUAGAAGCAAUUUCGGACAGAAUCUGCAUUCACACGAACGCCAAGGUGAGCGUGGAGGUCUCGGCGGAGGACUUGCUGUCGUGCUGCGGCUUCGGAUGCGGCAUGGGGUGCAACGGUGGUUACCCCUCCGGUGCGUGGAGGUACUGGACAGAGAGGGGCCUCGUGUCCGGGGGUCUCUACGAUUCCCAUGUGGGCUGCCGUCCCUACUCCAUCCCACCCUGCGAGCACCACGUCAACGGCUCCCCCCCCCCGCCCCCGGGUGAAACCCCCAAGUGCAGCCGGCACUGCGAACCCGGCUACUCGCCCUCGUACAAGGAGGACAAGCACUACGGCAUCACAUCCUACGGUGUCCCUCGCAGUGAGAAGGAAAUCAUGGCUGAGAUCUACAAGAACGGCCCGGUGGAAGGAGCCUUUAUUGUCUAUGAGGACUUCCUGAUGUACAAGACUGGGGUCUACCAGCAUGUGUCCGGCGAGCAGGUUGGAGGCCACGCGAUCCGGAUCCUGGGCUGGGGGGUGGACAACGGCACUCCGUACUGGUUGGCUGCCAACUCGUGGAACACCGACUGGGGGGACAACGGCUUCUUCAAAAUCCUCCGAGGAGAGGACCACUGCGGCAUCGAGUCCGAGAUCGUGGCCGGCAUCCCCAGGCCAGAGCAGUACUGGAAGAGGGAGUAACCUUGAUCAAACCACAAAUAAUCCCGAGUCCCUGACGCUUUUAACUGAUAGUGGGUUGGGUGCAGAGCCUCCCCCCGCAAGAGACUAUAGUUCAAGUUACUUUAUUAAAGCUUUUUAUCUUUUUUUUUGGUUGUUUUUUUUAAUUGUGUAGUGGAGCUG